AUGACCUAUAAGUUGAUCUUCAUUUCCUUCCUAGUAUGCUCAACACAGGGACGCGGUCGUUUCGGCAGCUGUGGCUGCGGUGGCUGGGUCUACGGUAACCGUGGCUAUAAUGCUCUGGGAAAUGACAUCAUCGCUGCUUCUGCUUUGGGAGCUUCCCACGGUGGAGGUCUCGCCGUCGUCACUACCUCUGCCGCUCCUACUGGUCUGGACGUGACUUCGGAAAACAUGUACGAGGGUACUGUGGGUAUUUGCGGUAGCCUACCUUUCCUCGGGGCUGCUGCUGUGGAAGGUUCUUUCCUCGCUGCUGGUGCUGGCGACAUGAACUAUGGCUGCGGCGACGGCGCCGUCGGCAUCGUGGCCGAGAGAGGCAGUAGUUACGCUGGUGGUCUCAGCUACAACCCGGGCUACGUUUUCAACUAUGGUGGACUUAGAGUGUGUGGCUGCAAAUGCGGUGCUGCCUGGUUGAAACGCUGA